UCGGAUUCACAUCGGAGGAGCCGCCGAGCCGCGCGGACGCGCCAUGUCGAAGCUCCCGUUCUGCGGACUUUUCGUGCACACCGGUUGCAAAGUUUGGAACUGUGUUGGCGGCGCCCUUCGCGUGCGCAGCAGGGCGAUAUGUUUUCACCAGUGGACAUGAAAGGUGUGUUGCGAGACCAAUGCAAUGCCCCGCAAUGUGAGUGCGACGGAUUUUGCCGCUCCGCGAACAACGAACCUGCUGCACCACUCCAGGCCGCUUGGUGCUCAUACUGUGGGCACAGCCCAGUACAACAUGCUCGAAUUGGGACAACCCAGGACGUGUAUUUCUCAGCACCCAGUCAACUGCCAGAAGUGACUCAAACACAGGCCACCAGAGACAAUGCCUACGAAAUUAUUGGUCCUGAUGACGAAAGCCCUCAAGGGGCAAACGACAUCUCUGUUGCAGAAGUGAGCCCGAUACCACUUGAAGUUACCAUGACCGAUGACACGGCUGCAAUAGAUACAGAGACUGCCGUGUCUACUACAGCUGCAACAGUAUACGUAGCAAGCAGCAGCUUGUCAGCAUCAGCAGUAGUGUCAGAAGGAACCGAACCAGGCCUGGCAUAG